CAGAAGUUUGAACCCUGAACAACCAAAAGAUGAUAAUAAAAACAUUGUAAAAACCCUAUUUGCUCAUUCAUAGGUGUGCUGUGUGCUCCCCUUCAAUCCUCAUCCCUCAUAUCUUCCCACCCCCACUAUUCACUAACUCGCAGCAGCAACAAUGUCGCACUUUGGAAGAUCUGGUCCUCCUGAUAUCCGAGACACCUACUCUCUUCUCGUCCUCAACAUCACCUUCCGGACUUCAGCGGAUGAUUUGUACCCAUUGUUCGAUAGGUAUGGCAAGGUUGUCGAUGUCUUCAUUCCUCGUGACCGCAGAACUGGUGAAUCUCGGGGUUUUGCUUUUGUUCGUUACAAGUAUCAAGAUGAGGCUGCGAAGGCUGUUGAAAAGCUUGAUGGCAAAGUUGUUGAUGGCAGAGAGAUAAUGGUUCAAUUUGCAAAAUAUGGUCCAAAUGCUGAGCGAAUUGACAAGGGGAGAAUUCUUGAGCCAGUCAAGUCGAAAGGAAGUUCAAGAAGUCCUCGUCCAAGACAUCAUCGAGAUAGUCAUAGGGACAGAGACUCUAGAAGGAGAAGUCGAAGCAGGAGCAGAGAUAGGUCUGAUAGGGAUAGGUAUCGUGGGAGGGAUAGAGAUCACCAUCGUCGAAGCAGGAGCUACAGUAGAAGUCCCGAUCACCACAAAGAUGAUGGUAAAAAGAGGUAUGAUGAUGAGAGGCGGAGCCGAAGCCGGAGCCGAAGCCGUUCAUAUGGAAGUGCCUCACCUCGUAGAGGUAGUCCCAGUCCUAGGAGAAGCCCCUCACCAAGAGUAUCUCCUAAGGGUGAAAGCCCUGUUGGACGUGCUCGUGAUGAGCGGUCUCCAGCUCCAAGGAGUCCUUCGCCACGGCCACGCGAACGAGCAGCUGAUUCCCGUAGUCAAUCUCCUCGCAAAUCUGAGGCGGAGGAGUAAAUGUGGCAGCAUGUGACUGAUGUUAUGUUCAGAAUGCUUCUGAUGGGAGUGCAAUCUGCCGGAGAACCUUUUGCUUGUCCAUGUUAUUGUUCAGUGCUUGACUUGAAUUGAAGUAUUUGUUGGAAGUUAAAAAUUUCUUAGUUGAACUCCAUGCUCCAUUCAACUUUCCUUGGUAUGGUCUUGUUGUUUAGCUAUUGAGCAGUUCAUUUGCCAGUUUGUUGUAGAACCUAAGAUUGUCUAUUAGUGUUGGAGAUUAUCUUGUUUUCUAUAGUGUCUUUAUGCAAAGUUAUGCUCUUUUCUAUUUCA